UUGACAGCAGGCUGAAAAGCUUCCAUGGUAGUUUCAAUCAUGGCGUGUCUGUGUCCUUAGGUUCUCUAUCCCAAUCCCGCACCAGGAAACUAACUUUAAUUCCCCAAAUAGGAAUGCGUCAUCGACUAUUAUAGUGAUUAUAUAGAGAUAACCAUGCUACCACACUUGUUCAAUUCAGGUCAAGACGCUUGCCAAAGUGAGUGAAACUACUGGGUUGUUGCUGGAAGCGACUUGCAAUGUCUUUGCUGUGUGUCAGAGUAAAAAAAGCCAAGCUCCAGGGACCUGCAGACAAAUUCAACGCUUACGUGACACUGAAGGUACAGAAUGUCAAAAGUACAACUAUCACCGUGCGAGGGGAUCAGCCUUCCUGGGAACAGGAUUUCAUGUUUGAGAUCAACCGAUUGGACCUCGGGCUCAUUGUUGAGGUGUGGAACAAGGGCCUCAUCUGGGACACCAUGGUGGGGACAGCCUGGAUCCCUCUGAAGAAUAUUCGACAAUCAGAGGAGGAAGGCUCAGGUGAAUGGCUUCUCCUGGAUGCAGAGGUCCUGAUGAAGGCAAAUGAGAUAUACGGCACCAAGAACCCGACGCCUCAUCGACUCUUGUUGGAUACUCGCUUUGAGCUGCCCUUUGACAUCCCAGAAAAUGAGGCACAGUACUGGACAGACAAACUGGAACGAAUCAAUUCCAUGGGAAUCCAUGAUGAGUACCCCCUUCAAGACGACAUUGACAGUCGUCCGUUGGCUCCCACAGCAUCCCAGUGCUGCAACUAUUUUGGAUGGGCUGACUCACUCACUUUGGAUGACCACGACAGUGCUGUAGAUGACCGAGACAGUGACUACCGCAGUGAGACGAGUAGUAGUUUGCCGCCACGUUACCAUACCACGGCCCAGCCCAACUCAUCUGUACACCAGUAUCCCAUUGGGCCUCGGCCAAAUCGUCACCCAGACUCCUGCACGGAGUCUGUCCUCAGCUUUGGCCUUGAGUACCGAGACCAGAGAAGCAGAUCACUAAAUGGCAAAGGAAGAGUCAGAAUUAUACCUGUAGAUUCUGGCAUGGGUUGUGAAGAUUGGGAAAGCAAAUAUAGAAGGCGGGGAAAGCCUCAGCUGAGUGACUUUUUAGAUGAUGAAGAAAAUACCAAUCAAAUGGCAAAGCCUUACCCUGAACAAUCGCCUAUCUCAGUCCUUCAAAACACUCAACAAAGUGGCUAUAUCCCCGCAGUCUAUCCUGAGGGCUAUGACACGAUUGACCGCCGGAGAAAGAAAAAAAUCAGGGACCCAGGAGGGUUACUCAAUAGAGAGACACAGAAUAUAAGAGAAGAGGCUUUUUCCUCAGACCUUGGGCUGUGCCGUGAGAAAAGAGGGGACAUGUUUAUGCUGCAGGUAGCAGAGAUGCAGGAAGAGGAGGAGCGAAUAGCAUCAUGUUCGAGGUCAUACAAAAAUGGUCUUCUCUACAAGACAAGAAUGUGGGCCAAAAAUGAACUAGAUACCACCUUAGAAAAUUACGUGGCUUACAAAAAGGAGCAAGAUGCAAGAAUGCAAUCACAGUAUGAUUUUGAUUUAGUGUAUUCUAGAGACCAUCACUAUUCUUUUAGAGCAGAUGAGGCUAUUGAUGACGCUGGUUUUGCAGCGGAAGACAUACCCCGAGAAAUAACAAGACGCAUCAGAGAUCAAAGUUCUUUGUCCUAUGAGAGCCGUAUAGACAAUUCUCAGGGAUUUCAGGAAAAGUGCAGACGACCUAAAACUGGGGGUUGGGUACCGGAAGCAAUGCUUUCACCUGUAGAGGAACCAAGUGAUGAAUAUGUAGACCCCAUGGAUGAACUACAGUGUUUAGUUGAAACGGUUUCAGAAUACCUCGCUGAAAAAGAGGAGGAAAUUAGCAAAUAUGGGUCUCUUCCGAAAUCAAGCAAAUCAAGGCUAUCAUCUCAAGGAAGCAACAGAACAGAUUCUGCUGGAGAUGAUCAGAAUACAAGUAGCUCAAGGGAUCCUAGAGGAGAAGGUCAAUCACACCCUCCUGCUGGAAUUUCAGGAGUAAAAAAUGCCAUGAGCUCCUUAUUCAGUAAUUUCACUGACAGAGUUGGAGGAAGCCCCAAACAGCCUGCCACAGAUACAAAGUCAUCAUCUGCACAGCCACCACAGUUUGGGAUAACAAAACUUUUGUCAUUUAUUCCUAAAUCCAAUAGCUCUGCCCCUGUAGCUAUUGUGUCCCCGGUGGAAACCUACCCUGAAAAUGUGUUCACUUCGCCUUCACAACCAUCCUGCAAGGCCAACAUAAAAAGGCAAAAUGAAGCAAAAGCUUGCACAACGAAUCCUUCAAGUACAAAGGCACACACACUGGAGUUUCAAGCCAAACCUCAGGCUCCAGGAAACUCUGGAUUGGGGAAAUUCAAUCCUUUAAAGCUGUUUUCCUCAGGAGAUAUAAUAUCAGAUGAACACAAUGAGGAAACAAAGCCAAGUUAUUCACAAUUAGAUCAUAGCACAUUACAUCAAGGUAAACCAAUGAUGGUAGGCAAGCCAACAAGAGAGAGCGUGUCCUUAACUUCUCAGCUUAAUGGUUCAACGGAAUCUGAAAGCACUUAUUUUUUUAGUCCUUUAAAGAAGUCUAUUAGCUCACUGAUCACACCCUCUUCACACAUACCAUGUCAUGGAACUCCACCUGUGGCACUAUAUCCGGUAUUUAGAUCACCUGAGGAUCCAGGACUUCAGAAACCAUUAGUAAAUACUAAGCCUAAACCGCCUCCAGUAUCCUCUGAAAAUGUCUCAACUCAACAACAACCAAAAGCAGAAGGAGGGAUACUUUCUGGAUUUUUGAAGUUCGCAUCCAUUGAAGAUGUUAAUUCCCCUGGAAACACAAAAAAUCCACAGCAAUCGCAACAUGGAUCAACUUCAGUAACCACCAGUGUCUUUAAACAAAACACAUCCACACCACAGAAAACCACGGAAAAGGGAUGGUUCUCCAGCCUAUUCAACACAAAUUCUGCUCCCUCCAGCUCAAAUCAAAAUUCUAUCAGUAAUCCUCAAUCUCAGAAUAGCAAAGUGCUGUCCAGCUCACAUACACAACAUGCAUUAAAUCAAAAUCCAACAACAAGUCAAACGGACCCUCAAACGUUUUUGUCAGGAUUUUUUAAAGGGAGCUCCACUGACGAUGCGGCUGUGGGCUCUACCGAGUCCAAGCAAGUGGGGAUGCUAUCUGGAUUUCUUAAAUUGGGUUCAAGUGGUGAGCUGUCUGACAAUAUGCCACAACAGAGUCCUCUAAACAAUCAACCAACCACAAGAAAUACAUCCCCCGAGAUGACCGUUCACGUUCCACCACAACCCAAAUCGACAGCUUCACCAAGGGGAGGCCUUCUCUCUAGUAUACUGAGGUUUUCAUCAACAGAAAAUCUAGCACAAAAUUCAGAGGAUCACAGGGACAUUCCUGACAAGUACCAUUCUCAGCACCAGAUUUCUGAUGAAACUGAGCAAAAUCAGCAACCGCAGCAAAGACAAUUAUUAUCGGGGUUGCUUAAAUUUGCAUCAGCGGAGAGUACGUCAAGCUGCAAAGUUCAGCAGAGUCAGCAACAAGGCAGUGUCCUACAACAACAGACGGUUUUGUCUUGUCCUGAGCUACAAGGACCAGACAUCAGGAAUCAAACAUCAAAACUGCAGUUUGACAAACCGGAAAUAAAUAAAGUAGGGUUUUCCCGACAACAAACUGUUCCAGUCAAGCAACCGCCAUCCAAGCAAGGUGGUCUCCUUUCUGGUCUUUUUAAAUUUGCUUCUGCAGACAGUAUAAACACACAACAGUCCUGCUCAACCCAACAUGACAGAAUUGUCCCAAGCCCAUCAAGGAAUGAACCAUCUUUAGAAAGAAACAAAAGUUCUGAACAAAAUCAACCACAAAUGAACUCAAAAGAAAAUACUCAAGCAAAUGAUUCUUCUAAACCAGUUGCUCCACAACAAUCCAAAUUAAUCUAUGAGACACAGCAACAGAUAAAAGUACAAAAUAGUCAAUUUAAUCCAAAAGAGAAAGAGACAUCAAAUCAGUCUGGGGUGCUCUCUGGUUUGUUCAACAAGUUAACAAGAUCUGAAAACCAAGGCCCAAACUGUCAGACAUCAACAGAGCCACUGUCUCAAAGGGUUGAUAAAUAUGCACACCCAAAUAAGACAUUACAAACACAGUCUCAUUUUAAUAGUACACAGAAAUCUUCACAAAACCACACAGAGAAAGAGAAGGGGACACAGCCACCUGCCCGACAAGGGUUUUUUUCUACAUUCGUAAAUAAAAAUGUUCCUCUGGAAUCUGUUGCCUCCAGACAGCUGGAAAAACCAGGCCAAAGUACUGAGGAAAUGAACUCACCGAGAUUGACAAAAUGUGCUGCAAAUGAUGUCAACCAAACCAAUACACCAAAUUACUUAAAUCCAAGGCCAAGCAGGCAUGAUUUCAAAAGUGCACCUGUGUCAAUUGAUACUGAGAGUCUAGACUUAAGAACAUCGUCUACUUUUGCCAGAUCUCUUCAGAGUCAUGCAACUUAUUCAUCAUUCAGUGCUGGUAAUUUGCCUCAAUUAUAUUGCUCUAGCUCUUUUCCACCAAUACGCCCAAUGGCUUGUAGUACAGGAAAUAUUAAUUACAAUUUCCAAAGUCAUACCAACUCUUCAGUAAUGACCAAUGAGCCAUAUAUAUGUGGAAGCAUGCCAUCAUUGUAUGGCUCAACAAGCCAAACCCCUUAUAUUUGUCAGCUUUCCCCUUAUCAUUCAAGUCCCUCCUAUGAUGAAAACCAGUGGAUCCGUGGAAGUACCAUAUGGCAGCAGUUUCAGAAUGAAUCCCUGAAUUCUCAAUUCCAAAGACAAGAUUCAGGAUAUGUACAAAGUUAUGAAAAAACAUCCUGUCUUGAUGAGCAAAUUAAGUCAUAUAUGUCUGAUCCAAAUGGGACUGGUGAUUCUUACCCGAGAAAAACAUUUUGGAAUAGCCAUGAAGACCAAGGAAACGUACAGUAUCCAUCCAGUGAACAGGGAAUUUUGAACUUGACAACUAAAACUAAACCAUGCAUGGUAACACAGGAAACAUGGAAUUUAUGUAAUGACAGCAGCACUUACAGCUUGAAUGGAAUUACAUAUCAUGAAGGCUAUUACGAGGAGACCGCACCAAGUUUGUCUUAUUCUGCGAACUGGCAGCAUGGAAAAGAUAAUGGCACGAUCCAGCAAAUUCAGUGUAAUUUCAAUAACUAUUUGAAUUUUCCCUCAAGUGUCAAUUUUGACAUGGAAGACUCUAUGUACCUUGAAGACACAGAAUGGUAUCAGCAGUGGCUUUCGUUGUUGGAGCAAGGAAUGUGGUGGCCAGCUGAAGAUGGUGACUGUGGCUACUUUGUUUAUACUGAUCAUGAGUACAUUUAUGCCUUGCUCACUGAUUCAGCAGGUGAAUAUGUCUAUGUAUGUGCCCCUGAGGAUAAUUCCUUGGGAAAUGCACAGAUAUUUGAUGGUUAUCCCAGUGCUCUGCUAUUCAGUGAAAUGGUUCUAGUGUGUGGCUUUAAGAUUCCACUGUAUAAUGAGGAUGAGCUUUUAUGGUUGCCUGGUGAAGAUCUCAAUGACUCUCAACUUCUUAAUGCCCCACUAGAUUUGUCUGCUGCCUAUAGAAAGGGAAAUCAAAUCAUGAACCUAAAUCUUGAGCAGUUUGCUCAAAUGUUUGAAAAUUCUUUCAUUUCACCGGGGCAACAAGGUGUAGAUUUCACAGCCUAUACAUUAAACAAAGUUCGUAUGGACCCAAGACAACCGAGCUGCAUACCCGAAGACCCCUGCAUGUAUGUAAUUGACCUUUCCUCUCGAAAUAAAAACCAUCUCGGUCCUCAGUGGAACAGCCAGGAAAAUAGGAUAUUUUUUGCUCAAAAGGUUGCUGUUUCCUUGAAUUCUACUGAUACGAAGAGCUCAAAUCAGCAGGUACUAAACAACUGUUACCAGCCAAGACAGCAACGUCGUUCAUCCACUGGUGUUACUGUGAAACAUGUGGAUGAUGUAUCAGAAGAGGAUUGGAGAAAGAGAGUGACUCCAGGAGAAGAACAACCAAAUCGUCAGGUCAAAAAGAUUUCUUCCCUGAUCUCAUCUUUUGUGGGAAGAAGUACAACAGUGGAAUCCAUUAAAACUAGCAUAUCUCCGUGUAAUCAAAGAGAACCUGAUAAUGCUUUAGAUAAAAAGUCUCAAAAUGUGUUUUCGUGUAGUUUACAAAAUGUAAAGUCAAAGAUCAUCAAAGAAGAAAGUACCUCUGAAAAGCCAAAAGAAAAUUCAAAAAAUAAAAUCCAAAGACCAGUCACCACACAGGGAAGAAGUUUGCCAACAUUACCAGCAAUAACACAAGUGAACCACCCUUCAACACAAUCUAAUACCAUUUCACAGAAACCUAGAUUGUCGCGACAGACCACAACAGAGAUCAAUGUCACAGUGCCAUUGGGAAAAGAAUCCCUAAUUAGAGAUAGUCCCCCUUGCCAAUUUGCAGCUGAUAAGCCAGUGGAUAUAACUGUUGAGAAAAAAUCUGAGCAAUCACAUCCUGGGUUAAUGAACUUUCUGAAAUCUGCAGUAGGAAUUGAGGAAACAAAGCAAGAGUCACAAAAAUGUUCACAGACAUCUCACAAUCAACACAUCAAGACUGGAAAUAGCGCUACUAUGCCAGCAAGUUCUUCUACAGAUAAAGAGGCUACAGGAGUAUCAAAUAUAUUUGGGUCCAUUAGCAGCUUAUUUAAUGUCGAGCCAUCUACGCCACAGAGACAGGACACACUCAGGUCUGCAGCAGCUCGACCUAAGGGUAUACAGAGACAACAAACAAUGAACCAGAGUGGUACACCUGGGCCAGGACAGGGCCACCCCGCCCCAAGAUCUGAAGAAUUCUAUUCCACUUCUGCCAGGGGUAGUGAUGUAACCAAAUCACAAACUGCAUCACAUGCCGAACAGCUAAAACAAGAAAACACGACUAAACCUUCUAGUGGCCUAUUUGGGUUUUCAUUUGGAGAAAUACUGACAGGAUCAACAGGAGCUCCACAAUCUGGACCUACAGCUCAAACAAGCACAUCAGCUACAACUCCACAAGACGAGUCACUCAGUAGAAAUAUAUUAUCGGUCUUAAGUGGGACAAGUCUUUCACAAUCAGCAUCAAAAACUGGACCCUCCAAAGCAAUUCCCCCAAAUGCCAUGCCACAUCAGGAAUUGCCUGGUAAAAAUGUAUUAUCAAUGUUUGGAGGAUCACAUCCUCAACCCCAUCCUCCUGAAACCAAGGCUAAAGUUGAGGUACCGCAACUGGAAAAUGGUCCUCCAAAAGACCAGCAGACACCAGGGUUUUUCUCAAUGUUUGGUGGUACAAACACUCAACAGUCUCAAUCCCAAACAGGAUCUCUUCUUGGAGGGAUACUUUCGGGGUCAUCAACCGAAAGCCCAGUCAAAGGUCUAUUAUCAAUGUUUAGUGAUCCUAGUCCCCCACAAACUCAGCCACCAACAUCAUCUCCACAACAAAGAGGAGUACAACCACAAGCUGAACAACUAGGAGGGACUCAUCCACAAUCAAAACACCAGACUCAAUCGCAAGGUCAGCAACCCACCUCUGUUCUAGGAGGGAUUUUGGGUGGCUUGUCUACCUCUACUGAUGGUCCAAAAAGAACAUUGUUCUCCAUGUUUAGCAGCCCCAGUGUCGCUCAAACACCAGGAUCUGGAGGGAAUACAGUUACACAAUCUAAAGAACCCAUUAAAACUAUACCAUCCAUUGGACCAGAUGUUGGAGCACCUACGCGGUCAACUUCUGAAUUGCCACCUACCGUUAAUGUCGCUAGCAAAGAGCCACCAAAGUCUUCCAAAAAUCAAUCAUUUUCUAGCAGCUUGGUACCAGAACAUAUUAGUGAAAUAUCAAAUGAACAUUUAGGGGGCAACAAUAAUACUAACUCAAAAGAAACCCAUGUGAGCACAUUUACUACCAUGACUCUGAAUACUGCCACUGAUGUGGGUUCUGUAGUUAAAUGUACUGACAUUUCAUCCACAGAACCUCAUUCUCACUGUGCAGCUGUGCCCAUGAAAACAAGCUCUAAUAGUGCAUCUGUAGAUCCCCCUUCUAUUAAAGAACCAUCAGCUACCGGCCUAUUGUCUAUGGGCAGUGGACCAGGCCUGACAUCUUCAAAAACGGAAUUCAUUUCAGACAGUCCAGCAAAAGGCUUAUUUUCAUUAUUUUCUGGGCCUAGUACUGAGCCUAAUGUAAGCCAAAAAGACUCAUCACCAACAGAGAAUACAUCUGGUUUGUCGGGGCUCAAGGAUACACAAGCUAAAAGUAUAUUUUCUGUGUUUGGAACCUCUUCCCCUCAGCCCAGUUCUCAGUCUGGAAGUUCCAUAUUAGGGGCCAUGUUUGGAGGUUCUUCACAACAAACAGCUACGUCUCAAACUGGAGGAUCACUACUAGGUGGUUUAUUUGGAUCUCCAAGUCCGCAGUCUACUCCACAAACUGGCAGAGGCUCUGUUCCUCCAACAGCAACUCAAACAGGAACAUCCUUACUUGGAGGCUUAUUUAGUGGAUCUGCUCCUCAAGCAGCAGGGUCUCAUACUGGAGGGUCUAUUUUAGGUGGCAUUUUUGGCGCACCUGCAGCUUCCUCAGCACCACAGGCUAGUGGCACAUUGGGUGGACUAUUUGGUGGGGCUAACACUCCAACGUCAGUACCUCAAAAUAGUAACUCUAUAUUGGAAGGUAUUUUGGGGAGAUCAGCUACUACACAGAAGGGUGACAAUUUGCCCAAAGCCUCAGUCCCAGUUGAAUUGUCUGGUACAAAUUUGCUUUCAGCGUUCAAAGAAUCAGCUUCACCUGCAACAUCCACUUCAACAACUUCAUCAAAAUUAAAUGAUAGUGAGAAAACUCCUUCUCUUUCGGAACCUACUUCAAGUGUAACUACUACACGUGAACCACUUAAUGACAGUAUCACAGUUGCAGCUUCUAUUGGUCAAGAAUCAUCUGCGAUUGACAUUGGCCCUCAAAACAGAGAAGAGCCAGAAACAUUACAGCAACCCAAUAGUACAACUCAGUGUCCUGGAGAAAGCUUACUUCAAACACAUGGUAAUAAAGAUGAUGAUUAUAAUAAGACCGACAACUCAGUUAGAGCAGAUAAUGACACUGAAUCUGAAAUAUGUACUUUAGCAGGGGCAAAGCUUGUAGGAGAUCAGACUACUCAAGAUAAAACACCACCUAACAAUGAAAAGGAAACACAACCCACACCUGUGGUUGAGGCACAGCGUAAGACACAAGAGGCAAAGAAAUCUUUUGGUAAUGAAUCAACAGAUACAGUUACAGGCUUUAUGUCCUCCCUUUUUAAGCCAACGGCAUCUUUGGAUCAAGGUCCUCAACAGCGAAGUUCACUUUUUGGACUGGGAGGAUCGGCGCCCCAAGCUGCUACUAGCCAACCAGGAAUCUCACUACUAGGCAGUAUUUUUGGAGGUUCUAACACUCAGACAACACCUGCCCAUUCAGGUGAUUCCCAGCCUGAGACUCAUAGUGCUGCGCCUGCUGCUGGAGUGUCAAUUUUAGGUGGGAUGUUUGGAGGACGAACUACUGUAAAGCCAGAUGUUCCCAAAACUAGUGGGCCAUUACUGGGUGGGCUAUUUGGGGGAUCUGCUGCAGCACCACAACCUGGCAGUUCUUUACUUGGAGGAAUGUUUGGAGGAGUUACUGCUCAGACUGCAGGAUCACAAACUGGAACAUCUGUACUCGGUGAUAUUGGGGGCGCUAUAUUUAGGGGAACAGGGCAGCCACCUAAGCCAUCUGAACAAAUACCAUGUGAACCAAAACCAAAAACUAGUACUACUUCACAUCUGCAGGUUACGCACGAAAGUGUGACACCAUCUGGUAUUCAGAAAGAUUCAAAUAAACUGUUGGCGCCCAGUUCUGCUUGUGCAGACACCACUGCUAUCACAAGUACAUCUGACCCCACAUAUCAAAUAGAUGGCACCAAAAAAGAAAUGACAACUGUUGAGGAAGAAGUGAUUGUCGAGAAACCCGUUGUCAUUGAAGAAGGGUCUAGAAGUGAUGACAAAUCUUUCCAACCUAAUGUCCAAACUGAUUCAAAUAAAUCCCAUCCAGCUGAUCAGUUGCCAAAAGAGCCAUCUCAAGCGAAGUCUUUGUUUGGUUUCAUAUCAACACAGAGUGAUGCAGGAAAAUCUCUUGGAUCUCUUUUUUCACCAGCAACUCCAUCUGGUAUUUCAUCAGUUCCUCAAACAGAAGCAGGCAGUUCUCUUUUUUCAGGAUUAAAAACACUAUCUGGAGGACUAUUUCAAGAGGAAAAAACGGCUACUUCAUUAUUUGGGACAAAGAUAGGAUUUCCUUGGCAAACAGAGCCACCAAAGCAAGAUGCUGCCCCAGUUGUAACAUCUCAGCCAAAAAAUAAUAUCAAGCCAUCAAGUGGUGAAACACAUGAAGUACAAAAUGUUUCCACAACUGAUGCCCCCAAAGCUCAAUUGGUAGGUUCCACAGAUGAUGUAGCCAACCUCCAGAUAUGCAUUUCCACCCCUGAAGUAGAUUCCUCAACAUCCUUGACCAUAAAAGAUACCGAAACACUUGUAGAAACAAACCCUUCUGCAGGUACUACCAAUGGAUUGCCGCUGGACAACCAGUCUAAGAGGAAUCUGUUGAAUACAAAAAGUCCAGCAGAAAGUAGUCGCUUUGGGUCAUCAGGAAACCUGAGUCAGACCAGCUCCCAGCUGAGUGAGACUGGUCACGAGAGCACUGGCGGGUCAGAACUGGAGGAGUCUGUCCACUCCUACCACAGCACUGGCUUUUAUCCCUCCAAAAAUGAACCUCAUACUACAAAUGUACAGUCUGUUAUUGGGGGGAAGGAUACACCCAGGCUAUCCUUGGAAGCACGACGAGGCUUGAAAAAUGACACUCCAACGGAGAAAGGGUUUUCUAAACUCCAAAGGUUCCACGAUGAGGGGCCACCUUUACCCUUUUCUCCCUCCAGAGUCCGUUGGCUGAAGGCCAUCAAUAAAGUCAGAGUUCAGCUACGGGAGGUUGGACAUGAUGAGCCCAAUGCAAGACAGGCCUGGGUUAAACCAGGCGAUGGAUCAAGCCUUUAUGGAAUCGACAGCAUGCCAGACCUUCGGAAAAAGAAGCCUAUUGCUUUGGUUAGCGAUGUGUCCCUUGUGCAAGCCAGGAAGGCAGGUAUCACAUCUGCCAUGGCUGCACGAUCUUCUAUCAGGGAUGAGGAGCUGAAAAACCAUGUGUACAAGAAGACCCUUCAAGCUCUGAUCUACCCUAUCUCGUGCACCACGCCACAUAACUUUGAGGUGUGGACGGCCACAACGCCCACAUAUUGUUACGAGUGUGAGGGGUUGCUGUGGGGCAUUGCACGACAAGGCGUCCGGUGUUCCGAGUGUGGUGUUAAGUGUCACGAGAAGUGUCAAGAAUUACUGAAUGCUGACUGUCUGCAACGUGCUGCGGAGAAGAGUUCCAAACAUGGAGCUGAAGACCGAACGCAGAAUAUCAUCAUGGCAAUGAAGGACAGGAUGAAGAUCAGGGAAAGGAACAAACCAGAAAUCUUUGACCUUAUCAGGGAAGUCUUCAUCAUUAGCAAAACUGUCCAUUCGCAGCAGAUGAAGGCCAUCAAACAAAGUGUGCUGGAUGGCACCUCAAAGUGGUCUGCCAAGAUCACCAUCACAGUUGUUUGUGCCCAAGGACUUCAGGCAAAGGACAAGACCGGUUCGAGUGAUCCAUAUGUCACUGUGCAGGUGGGCAAGACAAAGAAGAGAACCAAAACUAUUUAUGGCAACCUCAAUCCAGUGUGGGAGGAGAAGUAUCACUUUGAAUGCCACAAUUCGUCAGACAGAAUCAAAGUGCGUGUGUGGGAUGAAGAUGAUGACAUCAAGUCAAGGGUAAAGCAGCGCCUUAAGAGGGAAUCUGAUGAUUUUCUUGGCCAAAGUAUUAUUGAAGUCCGAACCCUGAGUGGAGAGAUGGAUGUCUGGUACAACCUGGAGAAGAGGACAGACAAGUCGGCAGUGUCAGGCGCCAUCCGCCUCCAAAUCAACGUGGAGAUCAAGGGAGAGGAGAAAGUGGCUCCGUACCAUGUGCAGUAUACCUGUUUGCAUGAGAACCUGUUCCACCACUCCACAGAUAUCCAAGGACGUGGUGUGAUCAAAAUCCCAGAGGCUCGUGGGGACGACGCGUGGAAAGUUUACUUUGACGACGUGCCGCAAGACAUAGUGGAUGAGUUUGCCAUGCGCUAUGGAAUUGAAUCCAUCUACCAGGCCAUGACGCACUUUGCCUGUCUGUCGUCUAAGUACAUGUAUCCUGGGGUUCCUGCUGUGAUGAGCACAUUGCUCGCCAACAUCAAUGCCUUCUACGCCCACACAACCGCCUCCACCAAUGUGUCCGCCUCCGACCGCUUUGCUGCCUCCAAUUUUGGGAAAGAGCGAUUUGUCAAGCUUUUAGACCAGCUGCACAACUCUCUGCGCAUUGACCUCUCCACCUACAGGAACCACUUUCCUGCCAGCAACAAGGACCGCCUGCAGGAUUUAAAAUCCACUGUGGAUCUUCUAACCAGCAUUACAUUCUUCAGGAUGAAGGUCCAGGAGUUACAGUCUCCGCCCAGAGCCGGUCAGGUUGUGAGGGACUGUGUCAAGGCCUGUCUCAACUCCACGUACGACUACAUCUUCAACAACUGUCAUGAACUCUACAGCCGACAGUACCAGCCUGUGGACACAAACAAGGAAGAACUCUCUCCGGAGGACCAGGGUCCGAGCAUCAAGAACUUGGACUUCUGGCCCAAACUCAUUAUGCUCAUUGUCUCCAUCAUUGAAGAGGACAGGAACUCCUACACACCUGUGUUGAACCAGUUUCCUCAAGAAUUGAACGUAGGGAAGGUGUCGGCAGAGGUCAUGUGGACAUUGUUUGCACAAGAGACAAAGUAUGCUAUGGAAGAACAUGAGAAACACCGACUGUGUAAGAGCACUGACUACAUGAACUUGCACUUCAAAGUGAAGUGGCUCUAUAACGAAUAUGUCAAGGAGUUACCGAACUUUAAGGAUGUUGUUCCAGACUACCCAUCCUGGUUCCUACAGUUUGUGCUGCAGUGGUUGGAUGAAAAUGAGGACGUAUCCAUGGAAUUCAUGCAUGGAGCCCUCGAGAGAGACAAAAAAGAUGGGUUCCAGCAAACAUCCGAACAUGCACUCUUUUCAUGCUCUGUGGUGGACAUCUUUACCCAGCUCAACCAGAGCUUUGAGAUCAUCAAGAAACUGGAAUGCCCUGACCCAGAUGUCAUGGCACAGUACAGUCGCCGCUUCUCCAAGACUAUUGCCAAAGUACUUUUAAAGUACAGUGCCAUUCUUACCAAGAGUUUUCCUUCUUACGUUGACAAGGAGAAGAUUCCCUGCGUCCUCAUGAAUAAUGUGCAGCAGUUGCGGAUUCUGCUGGAGAAGAUGUUUGAGUGCAUGGGCGCCCAACAGAUUGCCACAGUGGAAGCAUCGCAAGAUGAGUUGGUGGAGGAGGAAGAGGAGGAAGCAGAAGAGGAGCAGGUGGCAACUGGGAAUGAGGAAGCAGAGAGUCUGACUGACAGGGAGAAGAUGGAUAUUCCGAUAGAGAAGAUGGACACUGAAGCCAGUGACCUGCUGAACAACCUGCAGGUGAAACUGAACAGCGUGUUGGAUGAGCUCAGCAGUACAUUUGGCAACAGCUUCCAGAGCCGCAUCAAUGACUGCAUGCGACAAAUGGCGUCUCUGCUAUACCAGAUAAAAGGACCGCUCAACGCUAACACCAAAAACCAAGUGGAGGCCGACUCUGAUAACAUGCUAAGGCCGCUCAUGGAUUUCCUGGAUGGAAAGUUGACCCUGUUCGCCACCAUAUGUGAGAAAACCGUUCUGAAGCGUGUACUGAAGGAGCUGUGGAGGAUUGUGAUGACCAGCUUGGAGAAGACCAUAGUCCUGCCCCAGGGCAAUGAUACCUUUGGAGCACAUAUACUCUCUGCUGCAAAAGAACUAGGUCAGCUCUCCAAACUUAAGGAUCACAUGGCAGGGGAGGCAAAGAGCUUGUCUCCCAGACAGUGUGCUGUUAUGGAUGUGGCAUUGGACACGAUCAAGCAAUAUUUCCACGCAGGUGGGAAUGGUCUGAAGAAGGCUUUCCUGGAGAAAAGUGCUGAGCUGUCCUCGCUUCGCCACGCCCUGUCCCUCUACACUCAGACCACUGACACACUCAUCAAGACUUUUGUGACCACUCAACACGCACAAGUGCACAAUGGAAAGGGUUUUAGAUUAACUCCCAAUGACAAAAUACAGCCCAGCCGGGGCUUAAAUGUGUCCAACCCGAUUGGCGAGGUGUCUGUCCAGGUUGAGCUCCACACUCAUCCGAAAAGUGGCGAGCGCAAAGUUUCUGCCAGAGUUGUGGCAGCCACUGAUUUGAAAUGGCAGACAUCUGGCAUGUUCCGACCCUUUGUGGAGGUCACCGUGAUCGGACCUCACCUCAGCGACAAGAAGCGUAGAUUUCAGACCAAAUCCAAGAACAACAGCUGGUCCCCCAAGUUCAACGAGACCUUCCACUUCGUCCUGGGCAACCAAGACGGCUUUGAGUGCUACGAGCUGCAAGUGUGCGUCAAGGACUACUGCUUUGGCCGAGCGGACAGCGUGGUGGGCUUGACUGUGAUCCAGUUAAGAGACAUCAUGGAGAAGGGCAACUGCGCCUGCUGGUGCGCACUAGCUCAGUGCAUCCACAUGGACGACACCGGCCUCACCGCCAUGCGGAUCUUGUCACAGCGCUCCAAUGACGACGUGGCCAAGGAAUUUGUGCGGCUUAAGUCGGAAACGCGAUCGUCUGAGGAGGGCAGAUGAGGGGACUGUUUACUUAACUGUUUGGUGGCACCUUACCAAGGUCACGUACACACUUUGCAUUCCACAACUCCAUCAGUUUCAAGUUGCCCUUAAUCAUACCCCACCCAGCCCCCCUCCGCCUGUGGCCAUUGUGUUUGAUGCCUUCCACUGUCCUUAAACUGUGAAUGUCUCCAAUGAAGUCGUGUAAAUGUGGUGAAAAUACAAUCUAGUUCAUCUGGUAUAUAGUCACUGAUGGGCUCGCUGGUAACCUAUAUGGAACGCAAGCGGAGCUAAUACAGCUACUAUUACAAGAGAUGGUAGUGAUAUGUAUACCACUUACUUUAAAUAACGGAUGAGUUAAAUGCGUGCCUUGUUGCCAUGUGGACGCCCUCCAUUCCCAUUAAGAAUGUUGAAUGAUGUUAAGUAUGUUACAGUAUAGCCCAUCCAUUAUUUAUUUUUUAUACAAGUAUUUAUUUUGGUCGUGUCUAGGACCUGAAGACACGUGAGAGAAUUUGCACAGUUGUUGCUGCUGCAGUGUUAGAAGUGGUAAAUGUCCUUAAGGAUUGAACGUCCACCCUCACAAUUACCUGACAGCUUAAUGUUUGCUAUUCAAUGGAUGCAUAACUAUUUAUUUAUAUUAAAAACAGUUUUUCUUCCAAAAAAAAAAACAAACUCUAAACAUUUUGGACUCGUGUUGACUUAUGGUUUACGUAAAGACGGGUGGCAAAUUCAAAUAGUCUGCAAUAAAAGUGAAUGAAAAAAGGAUGCAUCCAUGCGGUAUUUUUUAUUUCACUGUCAACACAUGAAAUGAAGGUGGAAAACAACAAGAAACCAGAAUCUUUAUGAAGGGUCCAGCGUGAAUUUGUCACUCGUCUUCUGUCUUUAUUCUCUCAGUGGCCUUAUUGUGACGGAAAACUUUUAAACCUUAUCAAAAUCCUACUUUUGCCUGUCUGCGGUGAGGGCCGCUACCUCACUGCCCAUUCUUGUAUUCCUUAUUUUUCCCAAGUGAUAUUACGCUUUCAUUUUAUAGUUUUAUCUUUGCUUGUAGCACAAAUGUCUCUUAAAAAUCCGAUGUUCCCUCAAAUUCUGGAGAUGUUUUUACUGAUUUGCAAACAAUGUCAUUGUGAGAUGUAUUUAAAAAGUGAUAAAUAAGACUAAUCCACUUGUGUGCCAUCAAGCAUUGGAAAAUGGUAGUGAAGGAUGUGUUUGCAAUCUGAGAACCUCACUGUUGGUGGAGUUGUCUUUUUAAACGCCCUAUAGAAACCAGAUAGCGUAGAUUAUUUAAUAUACUGUACAUGCUCCUUGUGCCAUUUUUUUAUUGAAAUGUCUUCUGCAUUUGUUAGGUCUUACAAACCCUUCUGUCGUCACUUCAAGAGUUAACAAGUACACCAUGUCAAUAAUUGCAUUUUUGUGGUAUUUUGUCACGCUGUACAUGUACAUGCCAACAUUCCACUUCAUUUUCUAUAAAGUACCUGAGUAUUAAAAAAAAA